GACAUCAUCAGCUGCUAGCCGGAAACGGAGUCUAGUAGGAACGCUGGUAGCUCGCCACCCGCUUCCAUCCUCCUAGCGCCUGUCAGCCAUUAUCGUUUUGUUCUCGCCGGGUUCAUAGGUCCGAUUGGGGGUAGCCGACACGAAUUUUCACCGAAGAUCAUCGCAGGUAACGCAAAGAACGUAGAGCUGUACCGAGAUGUACGGCAACGGAUAUUCCAAUCAGACAUCUUACAGACCUAGGACAGACAGAGAAUAUGGCAACCGCACAGGCGGAGGCACAUACUGGAACAGCCAACAACAGCCUCACGGAGACAUGGGUGGGCUGAAGCAAAAUCAAAAAAAGGCGCCUGGUGAUCUGUUGAAGAAACCAAACUGGGACUUGAACUCUCUCCAACCGAUAAUUAAGAAUUUAUAUGUCCCACACGCAAAUGUUGUCAGCCGAUCUCCCGACGAAGUAAACAAGUACCAUAUUGGCAAAGAAAUCACUGUAAAGGGAAACAACACCCCUUUCCCAAUCCAGGCCUUCGAAGAAGGAAACUUCCCGGACUAUGUCAUGGAGGAAAUUAGAAAACAGGGAUUCAAAGAGCCUACUGCUAUUCAGUCACAAGGAUGGCCCAUUGCUCUCAGCGGUCGUGAUAUGGUCGGCAUCGCCCAAACUGGAUCCGGCAAAACUUUGGCUUACGUGCUUCCCGCCACUGUGCAUAUCAACAAUCAGCCGCGACUAGGGCGAGGAGAGGGACCAAUCGUUCUCAUCUUGGCGCCAACGAGAGAGCUUGCGCAGCAGAUCCAGAGCGUAGCUCGAGACUUCGGAUCCUCCUCAUGCAUUCGUAACACUUGUAUCUUUGGAGGGUCACCAAAAGGACCACAGGCUCGUGACCUAGAGCGUGGUGUGGAGAUUUGCAUAGCCACGCCUGGACGUCUAAUUGAUUUUCUUGAGAAGGGUACGACUAAUCUUCGCAGAUGCACGUACUUAGUUUUGGAUGAAGCAGACAGGAUGUUAGAUAUGGGAUUUGAACCUCAGAUCAGGAAAAUUAUAGAGCAAAUUAGACCCGAUAGACAAGUUCUGAUGUGGUCAGCUACCUGGCCCAAAGAAGUACAAGCUUUGGCCGAAGAUUUUCUCAGUGAUUACAUUCAGAUCAAUAUUGGAUCCCUGACUUUGGCUGCCAACCAUAAUAUACGACAAAUAAUUGAAAUAUGCCAGGAACAUGAGAAGGAAACGAAGCUCUCUUCCCUCUUGAGAGAGAUUGGAGCAGACCGCGGUAACAAAACGAUAAUAUUUGUUGAAACUAAGAAGAAGGUGGACGACAUAACCAAGGCAAUAAAACGUGAAGGAUGGUCAGCAAUUGCGAUACACGGAGAUAAGUCGCAGCCAGAAAGAGAUUACGUUCUGUCAGAGUUUAGAAAUGGAAAGACUGCUAUACUGGUUGCCACUGACGUAGCUGCACGAGGCUUGGACGUUGAGGAUGUAAAAUAUGUAGUGAAUUUCGACUAUCCAAAUAGUUCCGAGGACUACAUCCACAGGAUAGGCAGAACAGGUCGUUGCGAAAGUGCUGGUACAGCUUAUGCAUAUUUCACACCAAACAACGCCAGACAGGCUAAGGAAUUGGUCUCUGUCCUGGAAGAGGCUGGCCAGCCGAUCAAUCCCCAAUUAUCAGAGAUGGCAAACUCGCAAAGAAAUCAAUUUGGAAAGGGUCGUCAACGCUGGAAUACUGUCCGACCCACCAAGGACAAUAGUAGCGGAGGUCCCGGGAGCCCACGAAACAUUGGCAGUCCCAAUGCAAACAACUGGCAAAAUAAUCAGCAGAACAGUAUUCAAGACAGGUCGACCCCGCGCCAGCAAAACGGCUACCAAAACAAUCGGCAAACAAAUUAUCACAGUAAUCAGAACAGCUAUCAGCCGAGGCAGCCGAAUGGUUAUCAAAAUGGAUAUCAGAAUGGUAAUAGUGGAGGUGGAUACCAAGGCAAUUUCCACAAUCAGAAUGGAGGUACGCCCAGGUAUCAAGGACGUGGUGGAUACCAGGGGAAUAGGUACAACAAUAGACAGAAUGGGUUCAAUGGUAACCAAAAUGGACAGGGCAUGUACUCUAUGCCACCGCCAUUCAUGAUGCCACCAGGCAGUCAUACAGAUGCAGGCAUCCAAAGCCUGGUAAACAACAAGUUCUUCCAGACCAACAGGCCACCACCAGGCACUAACCCGUGUGCUUAUCAAUCAAUGGGUUAUGGCCAGUUUCAACCAGUGUCACCAUACGGAUACCCUUAUCCACCAACCCCGGUGCAGCAGUGACAUCUUUCGAGAGGGAAACCCUCUGGGGCACGGGCCAAGUAAGCAGGAAAUAAUAUUUUAUACUUCCCUGUUUCCUAAAUGUCCCGUGAAUAAUUCUAUAAUAAUUAAUGUCAAAUGGUAGAUUUGAUGAAUAUGUUCUUAAUGUAGUAUCAAUGAUAUGUUGUUUUUUUCCAUUUUUCUUUUAAUUCCUCGGUUUUUUUUUUUUUUUUUUUGGUUUUUUUCUUUAUUUAUACUUUUCUGGAAUGGUGCUAAGUUUAAACGUAUUACUGUACUACCAUCAAAUGUCUGAAUAUCAGUCUAUAUUGAGAAUAAUACUGAAUUAGUCGCUUUUGGUGAAUUCUUCCUUGAAAUUGGCCCUCUAUUGACAGUUCAGGAGGGUCUCUGCGCUUAAUUAGUUUAUUAAAGUUUAUACGAAAAUUGUGCAAAUUUGACGAGUGAUCGUGAAUAAUAAAACGAUAUACUACGCUACUUUUUGAGGCACAUUCCAGUCGAGUCUUGAUAUAGCUUGUUAGUAAUGGUAUACCGAUAUAAAAUUAUAUUAUUAAUAAUAAUAAUGAAUAUAUUAAUGAAUAUUGAAUGUGGCCACAAAUGUAGUAAUCGUGGUCAUAAUCUAUGAUAAUCUAUAGUAAUCUUCUUACGAUAACUAUGUAAUUUACCUGUAUGCUUUUCUGAAAUGCACGAAACAUAUAGAAGGGCGGGUGGGUUAGGUUUAAUAAGUUAAUUUAUUUAUAUUAUGUAUACAGGCGAUGCUCUACUCAACGUGAGGCCUUUUGCAUAAAAAUUAAGCCAAGCGCUUAAAGAGAACCGUAAUAUUGUUACUGUGUGACGAGACUGGGUGUGUCUCGACUUAGGAAAAAAUUCUUGAUAGAAAUUCGGGGAUCACUAAAUACUAAUUAAUUAAAGUAAAAGUAAACCUUAAAGCUACUACUUGGGAGGGGGGGCCUAAUAUUCAGGCGCGUAGUCAUAUGGCUGUGCAUCUCAGAGCAAAGCUGAGUUUAUUUUUAUAUAUCAGAAGAUGAAGAAUAAUAUGAAGAAGAUCAAUAAGAAAUGAUAAUUUUUUCUUGUUAAAUGAAAAAUAAUUAAUAUUAACAUUGUUGUUUGAUAUUUAUGCAACUGGCCACCGAAUUGCCAUACUGCGUAAUUAAUUUGCAAAAAUGAUUCAAGGAAACCAACAAAAAAAAGAAAAAGAUGGCAAAUGUUCUGAAAUCAUACCCUCAUAUAUACCUGUUUAGUUUCAAUUCAACAAAUUGACCAUCAUUUACUUUAGUAAUUAAACGAAUCUAGGUUGUUAUGUAUAGAUAAAUUUGUAAGAAGCUGCAUAAGAUAUACCUACACAUGAGGCUAGCAGCUGUGAGCCGUGUUCCAUAUAAUAUGUAUACAUAUAGUACAACUGUAUUAUCGUGCUAUAUAAUACUAAAAUAUUACGUACUCUCUAAUCCGCUCGCAUAAGAUGCAAAGAGUAAAGUCGAGUUUUGUGUUACAUUUUUUGUGAGCCUCCAGUGUCACUAGGUUUACUCAUUGUGAACGUUGCAUAAACCUGGUGUAGAAUCUAAAAAUUCUUAGGUGAUUAUAUAUAUAUGUAUAUACAUAAUAUGAAACGGCAAGAACGUAUCGGAAUACAAAAUCCACCAUUCUCAUUUAAAUAUAUACUGUCUAAUCGUUUUCCAUUCAAUAUAUGAUAGGGUUUUCAACGAGCUUACAGAUUUUGCAAGUUUAAUGAUCUCAAGUACGUUGGGAAUAUCCUAAUCUAAUUCAAAGAGGUGACGACAAGAGAGAAACUAAUUUUCACACAUUUCUUUCCAUCGAUCAUUAAUAUUUUUUUUUUAAUAUUCCGCUCAGUAGUGAAUUUAAUUUUUGUAUCACCUGAUGAGAUGGAGUACAAUCGCCGUUUUGUGUUGAGAAUGGUUUUAUUUUAUUGUAGGUGUUUUCAGGUAUUCGUUCAAAUAUUCAAUAACUAAAACAGGUCUUUAUCCUAUUAUAGAUUUAAACAAAUGCACACACUUGUCAGCUUUGUACGAAGUAAAAAAACAAAUUUUAUAAGUUGAUCAGAAUGUGGAAGCUUAUGCACAUUGCGUACUCCCUCUAUCUGACCCUCUAUUGAGUACGUCGGUCACAGUUUUGGUCACAUUCACAGGCGUAUUUGUCAAGGGGAGUAACAAUAGAAACUUUACACUUUACCUAUUAUUUAGUUUAAAAAUAAAUUCACACGAUAGCGGGUGUACGCGUAGUUCUGUGAUAUGUAAGAUGUAGCGUAUUAUAGAUCCAAUGCUGUAUUUUACAUCAUGGUUUAAAUAAGAAAGGUUCUCAUGUAAAUCAAUCUUUGCGAAACAAAAAAAAUUUAUGUAUCAUAUCGCUGCCUCGAUAUAUUUCAAGCAUCUGUCGAGCUACAGAGAGUCUGGUGUAGUUUUUGUAAUUGUUCCAACAGAUCAAAUUUACACAUAUAUAAGAAACGAAAGGAAGCGAAUAACAAGAUAAAAAAAACCUUCUGUUUGGGAGACAGUCGAAAAAACUACUACUAUUAUAUAUGUAUAGAUACAUACGUACAUACAUAACAUAAUUAUGCGCGGAACGAUGCGUGCGAAACUGCAGUUUAACAGUUUAAUGGCGGUCAAAGAAUUUAUACUUACACACACCUUAGUAAAUACACAUUCAAAGUCGUCUCACCAACUGAUGAGAAAGAUAGGCUGCUUUUGAAAAGGAUCCCAGUCACAAAUUGGGGCAGUGAGACUGAUAAUUGUUGUUCUUUAUUGUUACAACUAAUCCGUAGAGUUUAAGUUUAUAUCUUGUUGUUUGUUUAGUUUUACUUCAAUAUAUAUAUUAUACAUAUAUGUAUUUCUCUUUUUCUCCGCUUUGCCGCGGUAACGGUUCUCAUUCAGCAGCAGUAACAUCAACUUGAAUGAUUUGAAUGAUAAUCUUUCAUCUCGCUGCCCAGUUUGUUAAUAAAUCGAUUCAAUUCUAAUAUUUGAAUGAAAAAUAAGUGAAAAAAUAAUAAUCCUAGUGUGCGUGAAUGUCGCGGCUCAGUAUACUGGUGAUGUUUAAACUAAUAUAUCUAUGAUCUACAUACCUACUGUGGAUAUAUAAGUACCUUCAUAUUACGCUGAGUGCUGUGAUAUCGCGUACAUAAACUUUUUAUUAUUAUUAUUAUUAUUAUAUAAAGAAUUACAAAAUGAAAAAAAAAGAAAACAAACAAGUACGCAUAUUAUAAUGUUACGAAUUAUCUCCUUUAUACAAAGACUGAAUCUCUCGCCAAUUUAUAUACAUUACAAGUUUAGCAGCCGCAAGUACGCGUUACAUACUGUACACUAUAAAUACCUAUUUGUAUAUUAUAAAUUACAUACUAUAUUUUACAUAUAUAAUUGGAUAUACCGUCCCGACGAAUGUACGGACGGACGGACAGACGGACCGAUGCAGCUGUACUAUUGCUUAAUUUAAUGUUUGGGGCAUAUUCAUCUGCACAAUACAAUGAAUUAAAAAUUAUAAAAAUGUGAAACAGGGGUUGGAAAAUAUUGGCGCUGCGCCACUGCAAUAAGAUUUGAUAUCAAUGAAAGACAAUGGGAAUACAAAUCUGAAUAAUUUAUUUUGAACCCUGAUGCACGAUGUUGUAAUAAAUCUAAUUCUUAUCAAAUCUGAUAUUGAUCUCUGGACUAAUUGAUACGUACAUACGUGAGAGAUUACUUUUUUCUUUUCUUUUUGAAGAUUGAAGAUUUAAGUCAAGCGGCUCUAAUUUGUUACACCUAUCAUUCAGAUCAUAGUAUUUUGAAUAUAUAUGAUUAUUUAAAUGGCUAUAUAUAAACUUCCUACCUUUCUCGCGCGUGUGAGACAAGUCAUUGAAAUAAUAACACACUGAUGAGCGCGCAUCACAUUUUGGCCUCCAUUUAGUUAAAUUAACAAAUAUCUAAUAAUAUCCUAUUUUUUAAUGUAAAACAUUGGUACUGUAUUGUAUUGUACAACUGUUAUUAUUACUUAUUGUACCGUCUACUUCUACAUACAUACAUUCAUUGAUUACGUAUCAGUCCCUUGUGCUGGGACAGCUGUCAGUCAGCCGUUAAGCAAAUUAUCAGUCGCAAGGCCUGUUCAGGAAACACACUUUGUCUUUUUCCUGGAAAUUUAUUAUUUUUUACAUUAUCAUUUUUUCAAUAUUGUAAUAUAAAUAUUAUAUUAUGUACAACAAUAAUAUUUAUAUGUAAAUCUAGUCAAAAUUGUUUUAAUGUUACUUAAGAUUUAAGUCGAUUAAAACAUUAAUCUCAAUCCUUUAGAAACACAUAUCCGUUUACUGAGUUCAUAAAUGUUGUAUUCUCUUUUGUCAUUUUGAAAGAUGAAAGUAAGUUUUUGAAGAGGCCUUUAUUGUUCAUUAUCGUUUUAAUAUUUACUUUUUAAAACAAAUUUUUUUUUUCCUAUCCUUGAGCAACUACUAUUUGCUCAAUACAAUCAAACUGUUGCGGUGAUAUUAUAAAUAUAAAAAAAGGUAUUAUAUUGUGUAAAUGAGCGAACUUGACAGGCAUGUAUAAGUUUUUAUAUUUGAUACUAAUUUAUGAUAAACUUGAACGCAAGGGAAAAAGAAA